AUGGCGCCGAAAGCAAAGAAGGAAGCUCCUGCCCCUCCUAAAGCCGAAGCCAAAGCGAAGGCUUUAAAGGCCAAGAAAGCAGUGUUGAAAGGUGUCCACAGCCACAAAAAAAAGAAGAUCCGCACGUCACCCACCUUCCGGCGGCCCAAGACACUGCGACUCCGGAGGCAGCCCAAAUAUCCUCGGAAGAGCGCCCCCAGGAGAAACAAGCUUGACCACUAUGCUAUCAUCAAGUUUCCGCUGACCACUGAGUCUGCCAUGAAGAAGAUAGAAGACAACAACACACUUGUGUUCAUUGUGGAUGUUAAAGCCAACAAGCACCAGAUUAAACAGGCUGUGAAGAAGCUCUAUGACAUUGAUGUGGCCAAGGUCAACACCCUGAUUCGGCCUGAUGGAGAGAAAAAGGCAUAUGUUCGACUAGCUCCUGAUUACGACGCUUUGGAUGUUGCCAACAAAAUUGGGAUCAUCUAAACUGAGUCCAGCUGCCCAAUUCUAAAUAUAUAUAUAUAUCUUUUCAACAUAAAAAA